UAGGUAUUUGAAUAAAUAAUACGUAUGUGACACAAUUCAAUUACUUUUGAAGUUAUCCGUAAAGUAGACGGUGCAUUUUUCUUUACAGGCAGGCAGGAUGUUACGGAAAAAGUUGUUAAAUUUGCGGCAUAGGCAGUAUAUUUACUGUAUUUGUGCAAUUGCAACUACGGCCGCCGCAUCUAUUCAUGACUCUUGGUCUUCGACAUUUCUGCCUCAAAUACGGUCUAAAAAUUCGCCAAUAGGUGUUAUACUGAAUACAAUUCAAUCAUCAACUGUUGUAAGUAUGAACGGUGUAGGUGGAACAUUGGGUAGCAUCAUCACUAUUUGGAUAAUGGAUAUUUUUGGAAGGAAAGCCGUUUUAAUUGCAGCAGGCAGUUGUAAUCUAAUUUCUUGGGCGUUGAUGUACUUCGCAAAUGGGAUAGAAAUAUUAUGUAUAUCCAGAAUAUUAGGUGGAAUAGCUAUAGGACUUUCAUUGAACUGUGGUACCGUCUACCUCGGUGAAAUAUCACACAAUGACAACAGGGGUCGGCUGAAUUUUCUAAUGACAAUUCUGAGACUUUUUGGAACGGACAUAGGCUUCAUUAUAGGGCCUUACGUGUCCUUUAAAACAUUCGCCCUUCUAUCAGUAGGCGCCUCGAUUAUUCCUGUAAUAAGUACUUGCAUCAUACCGGAAUCACCGUACCAUUUAAUCAAAAAAGGAAAAAAAGAAAAGGCCAAAACGGUCAUUAAAAAACUGGCCAAUGAUGCAACUGACGAAAACUCUUUAGAAAAAGAGUUUCAAGACAUUAGUUUUUCAGUAGAAAAGGACAUGCGAAAUAAAGGAACUAUUUAUGAACUUUUAACCAACAAAAUAUAUAGAAGAUCGUUGCUUAUACACCUCGGUUUAAAGAUGAUCUUUGUGUGUUGUGGUAACGUUGUAAUUAAAUCGUAUAUGCAAACUAUUAUUAAAGCAACAGGAAGUAGUAUGUCUUCAAACACUGCGAGUGUUAUCUUUGGAAUCAUCAGUUUUAUUAGCGCUAUUACAUCCGGACAACUUAUUGAUCGUUUUGGCAGAAGACCCUUACUCAUGGUUUCCAGUUUGUUGUGUUCUAUAAGCAUGUUCUGUUUAGGAUUGUAUUUUUAUCUUCAAAACGCCACUUCUUUUAAUAUUGAUUCAAUUUCCUGGUUACCGGUUACCAGUUUGAUGCUGUUUGAAGUGUUCGUUGCGAUUGGAAUUCUUUCCAUACAUUACGUGAUCGCCGCAGAAUUGUAUCCAAUCAAUAUAAAGGGAGUCGCCGUAUCCGCACUUGCGUUUUUGGCACAAGCCUUGGCCAUGGCUCUUCAAUUUUCAUUUGAGCCCCUCAGCGAAAUUUUGGGAGAGUAUACUUGCUUGUGGUUCUUCAGUGUUUGCUGCUUGCUAGGAUUCCUCUUCGGACUCUUCAUACUCCCGGAGACAAAAGGAAAAUCAUUUGAUGAAAUUCAAAGGAUAUUUAAUCGACGCAAAAGCGAAAAAAUUAUACGUAGUAAAAAUGAAGAAGCCGGAAGAUUCUAAGCAGUCGGGAGUCAGUCGAUACAGAUCGAUAACCAGAAUAUAAACGAGGAGUUGUUUAAACACCUAUUUAAGCUAUUAUCUACUAAAGCAAAAGACUGUUUUUAAGAUCCAUUUGAAUAAAUAAAUAGGUUACCAGAAAAUUGUUUACAAAAAUAUAACUACUCAGUGGUGGUAAUUGUAAUCAAUAGUUAUUUAAACUAAUAAGGCAUCAAUUUAUGUUAAUUUAUAUAUUAAAGACUGACGCUGCUUAUACCUUUCAGCUGAAACGGGUUAUUUAUAUACAACCCAAACAUCGUUGUAUCCUAGAUAUACUAAAAAUUGUUAACAAUACUGUCAUUUUGUUGAGAUUUUUUCAUUAUAAUCGCUUCAUAUUGAACGAGAACGAGAUGAUUUUUAAAAUAUUCCGGCAUGGUGUAGCAGAGACUUUUAUUUUUAUAAUAAAUGAUAAUGUGUUUCA